GCGAGCUAUCACAUUUCGGUUUCUUCUCGGUUUCUUGUUGGGUACUAUGAUCUCAGGAAGUUAAUGCCCAACAAGACCUUGUCCAUUUUCUUCAGGAGUAAGUAACACUUUCCUGGUGGGCAAUUCAUACUAGGCAACUUCUCUCUGGUUUCUAUCUUCCUUUCUGUUUGCAUAAUCCCUUCUAUCAUUUCGGAAGUUAGAUUCAACACACCUUAGGAUGGCAGAUCCAGAGCCGGUAACUAUGGAAGACAUAUCUCCCAGGUCUCCGCACGCAAACCCCGCAGUUGGGGAUGAAAGGCAUCAGAACGCCAGCAGUGUCGGUAACAAUUCCGAUGGCAAUCAUGAAAAUCCUGUUGCGGUGAAUAUUGAACUCUUGCAUGAGAUCAAAACUAUCCAACAGCGGCUGGUAGAGCUACAAAAGAAAGCUAGGCCUAAGCUAACUAAGAAGGCCCUUGAAGAAGAAUGGGAACGUGCAAGAGAGGAAUUGGGUCCCGAGACGGAAAAAGAAUCGUGGAAAGAAGAAAAGCAGCGACGGAAAGCAGCGCUGCUAUUCGGUAGCCGGUUACAGCAAGGGGGUGAUUGGAGCCCCGAAUACGAUGAUGAGUUCUCAUAUAAUGUCAAGCUUUUCAAAUUUCGAAAACUGUGGGAGCAUAAGGUCGUUGCUGGUCUUAGUUCGGACGAAGAAGAGAACCAAAGCGACUCAGAUUACUCAACCAACCCAGAAGAUGUGGAGGCCGAACAAGACUAUUUGGACGGCCAAUUAUUUUUUGAGACGAGGAUAUUGAAAGCCAUCCAUGAGAUGGAAAUGCGCAAAUUACGCGCCAAGUUAAUAAAAAUACGGCAACGCGGUGACGUCUUGGAAGGACCAGUUCUGCACAUGGAUAUGGAGGCAGAAGUGAAAAUGGUGAAAAUAGUGAAAAUGGAUGCGCGAUCAGAGAUGAUCCGGGUCUCCUGGGACCAGUUCAAAGCGCUACAAAGCCAGAAGGGAGAACUCUCAGCUGCGAUCGACAUUUUGAUAGGAGAGCCAGUUAUUGAAUUCAGCCUUAGAAACUCUAAUCGGCGCUGGCCCGUGGCCCGAGCUCGGAAGGCUGAGACAACUGAAACCCAUGAGAAGAAGUCGGCAUCCAAACUGGAGACUGCUUCUAACGAUUCGCCGAUGCCAGAGCGUGUACGCAUCAACUCAAGGUCUCUGCUACAUAUACUGCGUAAAAUUGGCAAAUCUGGCAAAACAGAUUUCAGUGCUUCUUCUCUUGUGUUGCUACGACCAUUCAGGGUUCUGGCUUAUUACAGCCAAGCUAUCCGAGAUCAGUACAGGAAUCUCGAAAAUAAAUUUAAGGAAAAUCCUACGGAGCAAGAUCUCUUAUCCGCUCACUCCAGAACUUUACCAGGUUCUACUAAUGUUCCCAAUGUGGUUGAUGAGACGGCUCAGAAAUCCAGCAGCCUAGAGACAUCUUCAGAGAGAGGAGAGGCGGAAGAAGAAAAGGAGGAGGAUGACAAUCUGAAUUCGCCAAUUGCGUUCGAACAUAUGAAGUGUUUGGUGGAGUUUAUGGAUAAUGACAUACAGACCAGAAUCGAUUAUCUGGAAAGUAAUAAAUGCCAGAAGGUAUUCUCCUCGGACCUUUGGUAUCUCUUCCAACCUGGAACUCUUGUCAUUGGAAACGACGGUAAACAAGCAUACCGAGUUCUGAGUAUGCAUAGCGUGGGGCACCAGGUUAUCGACCCGCUUUGGAGGUGGUAUAAACUAUCGAAGAAGGAGGAGGAGGAAGAGAAAGCAUCUAUCACAAUCAAAUGUGUUUGUAUUGACUUUGACGGCAAGCAGCUAGGUCCCGUUUCCAAAGUUUUCCAAAUCCCAAGGUUCGAGCGUGAAAAACCAGUCACAUCUCUCGAAGUUUGCCCCCUCCGAUUUUACAAAUACGGCAAAGCCGGUACUGCCGAGGGCAAUACUAACCCUGGCAAUGACUUUAAGAAGCAUCUCAUCAGCCGGGGAAAGAAGUUUCUUGAUGUGGCUGCUGUUCGUUUGGCAGCUAUACGACCCAUGUACUAUGCUGGUCCCGCCUUACAAACGCAAGAUGAAAUUGAGAGCCAGGUCGUAGUCGACUUUGAGGCGGCCUUCGGGAUAGAGGAUAAUAUUACCAAAGGUUGGAGGCCAGAGCUUGAGACACUAAUUAAGUCAGAAGACGACAAUAAAGAAGACAGCGGGGGGAAAAAGUGUCAGGCUGAUUGCUGUCUUUCCGAGACCGUGCACGAUGAUUCAUAUGUUGAGGUCAAAAGGAACAAAGAGUUUAUGGACCAUCUACUUCCAAAAACUCGCGAGGAAAUGCCCUCAGUAACCAUUAUCCCUCGACCGCUUGACACAAGGGAGCCAGGUGCUGAACUUACUGAGGAUGAUUUAGCUAUCAUGUCCUAUCGUGUAUUUGGCUUUGUCCUGAGGAAUCGGAAAUGGGCCCAGCUAGACCUCACCUAUCUUAGCGAAGUUCAACCGUCUGAGAUGAGAGACGAGAGUGAUAUACCAAAUCAGGAUCCCGAACAACCCAAGACCGUGUUUGAUCAACUUGUCUUACCAGACAAGCACAAGGAUAUGAUAUUAUCGUUGGUCACUCAGCAUUUUCGCGACAAGGAAUCGAGUCAUACGGGCGAAGCAGAUAUAGUUCGUGGUAAAGGAAAAGGAUUGAUUUUGUUACUCCACGGAGCCCCUGGAGUUGGGAAGACAUCGACUGCUGAGGGGGUGGCAGAAAAAUUCAAGAAACCCCUUUUUCAGUUGACUUGUGGGGACCUUGGAACAACGGCCAAAGAUGUCGAAUACGCGCUGGAAACGAACUUUGCACUUGCUAGCCGUUGGGGGUGUAUUCUACUUCUCGAUGAAGCAGAUGUAUUUCUCGCCCAAAGGACGAAAGAGGAUUUCCAGAGGAAUGGACUUGUAGCUGUCUUUUUAAGAGUCCUCGAAUACUACUCUGGAAUCCUUUUCCUUACCACUAAUCGGGUAGGCGACUUCGAUGAAGCGUUCGCGUCUCGAAUUCAUAUUAGCUUGUACUAUCCCGAACUAGGCCGAGAUGAAACUCUGGAGGUGUUCAAGCUUAAUUUGCAGCUUAUUCGAGGUCGCUUCAAAGACAAACCUCGCAAGUUCAUCCCUGAUAAGAUGGGAAUCGGGGCAUUUGCUCGGGAGUACUGGAACGACAACCCAUUCGACCAUUGGAAUGGGCGCCAAAUACGCAACGCGUGCCAGACUGCGUUGGCCUUGGCGGAGUACGAAGCCCAUGGAAAAAACCAUAUGCGUAUCCUAAACCCGAACGGUGAGAUCCGCCUUAAUGUGACCCAUUUCCAGGUAGUUGCCGAGGCCUAUCUAGCAUUCUCCAAGCACCUCAAGGACAUUUACGGAACUCAUGCCGCACGACGGGCAAAAGAGGCUGGCCUCCGGGCAAUGUGGGUGAAUGAGAAGGGAGAGCUCAUGGGGAGUGUAGGGCCGAAGGAGGCAGGAGUUUUCAAAGCGGACAAAAAAUCGCGGUAUCAGUUCAGAUCCCAAGCUAAGCACAGCACCAAUACCUAUGAGCAGCCACGGCAGGCAACCCCCCCUAACAACCAAGGUCUAACAUACCAUGGAGUACAAAGAAGUACACAGAGCGGCGGACAGGGAUAUAUGAAUUCCUCUCUACCAGCACAACCCCACCCAACGAGGCCAACUGAGGCAUAUUACGGUGAAGGUUCCAUGCCCCAGCGAUAUAACAACCCAAAUACGCAACUCCAGGGACAAAUUAUGGUACCACAACACUAUCAGGGACAGAACUGGGAUACUGAUAGCCCUGGAUAUGAUGAUAACUACCUGCAACCCGGGUCAAUUGGGCGCGGAACCUACCCUCAGCAGCGCGACCACCAUGAUACUCAACAUAUAAAAUCACAGGGGGGAAGCUUUUCGCAACCACCGCAAACUAGCCGAGCUUCCCCAAGUGUCUACGCACCACAGUACCAGGAACCUCAAGCUGGGGCCAGUAUGGAACACGCCCAACAUACGAAUUAUACCGGCGAAUUUGGCCGGUAA